GUCACGGAAUCAGGUCUGCCUUACACACUAGCUAGCAUCAAAAUGGCGACUGCAGCGGCCGCCGCUCGAUCUGUUUUCCGGUCAUCCUCCGUACGUAGCGCCGCCGCAAGAGUAUCGUCCCAAGCCAAAGCUCCUCGCUCCCCCUUUCGCAUUGGUAGACAGAAUUCUCUCCCCAAUUGCAUCUUCAGGUGUCCGGUUGAAAUGAGUGCUUGUCUGGAAUCUUUGCAACCUUUCCACAACGCCACUGCUUCUGCAUUGAUGACUUCCAUGCUUACCCUUUCUCAACGUGGUUAUGGUUGGCUCCCUGAGGGUAUCUAGCAAAGCGUCAUAGGUUCCUCCUUGGUUUUCAUUCAGUUUGAGCUUGCAAUGACGAUGUGUGAUGAGUAGUCAGAGGAUGAAAGCAAAAGGUUAUGUAGGAAUCGUUGGUCUAUAGGGCUGUUUGCAGAAGCAGUCGAGUGAUGUUAUCGAAUUAUUAGACUUUUUCAGCCUGUUUUGACAAACAUGCUCUGUGAAGGAAAGUGUAACAGACAGAAUGUAUUUUCAUCACAAAAUUGAAUAAGUUGCUAGAUCUUGUUAACUUUGUUUUCUCCAAAACCUGAAGAUUUUGGGUUUCAUGGUUUGGUGGGUCUCCUGAGAUCCUUUUGAUGACGUAUGUUGUGUUUAAGGGAAAGGUAUACAGAAAACUGUUUUUUCUUCGUGU